AUGGCCCCGGGCUCGCCCGCCGCUCGCCGCCGCGCCUCGCCGCGCCUGCUGGCCGCGCUCCUGGGUUUGCACGUCUUCGCCAUUGCCUUCGCCUUGGAGGUGUCGGUGGGGAAGACCAACACGGUGACGGCUCUGAACAACUCCAAUGUCCUGCUGCCCUGCGUCUUCACCACCUGCAUAGGCUUCCAGGACCUGGUCUUCACAUGGUAUUUCAACACGACAGAGCUGAUUUACCACGGCAAGAUAAAGAACAAAGCCACGGAGCCCACCCUGGUGUGGCACAACCCGCGGGUGGAGUUCGUCGGCUCCACCACCAAGAAGGACAACAACAUCUCCAUCGUGCUGAACAACGUGGAGUUCAGCGAUGCUGGCAAGUACACCUGCCACGUCAAGAACCCCAAGGAGAAGAACACCCAGCACAACGCCACCAUCUUCCUCACCGUGGUCCAUAAGAUGGUGAAGACGGACAACACUGUGACGCUCAUCAUCGUGGGCGUGGUGGGGGGGCUCAUCGGCCUCCUCAUCCUCUUCAUGCUCAUCAAGAGGGUGGUCCUGUUCAUCAUCAAGAAGACGCAGGACGGGAAGAAGGAGUGUCUGGUGAGCUCCUCGGGGAACGACAACACCGAGAACGGCCUGGCCGGCUCCAAGGCGGAACAAAAAGCACCACCAAAGGCAUGAACGAAGCAGCGGCGCCCCGUGCCCGCCUCGCCCCGCCGCGGGUGCCCGGGCACGGGACGAGCCUUCCUCUUUUGUUUUCUUUCCGAACUGCCAGCGCUUGAGACAUGUUUCUAUUACACACGUGCCUGCAACC